UUGUAAAAUAAAUUAGUAUUUCCUUUCCCUGUCAAAGUCAAAGAAACAUCCCGCUGCAGCCGACCCUGGUUUCUCUCAUUUUCUCGGAAGAAGCAUGGGAAAGGGCCCUGGUCUCUACUCCGAUAUCGGCAAAAAGGCUCGAGAGCUUCUUUACAAGGAUUACCACGGCGACCACAAGUUCACUCUCACUACUUACACUUCUAAUGGAGUCGCAAUCACAUCAACUGGGACUAAGAAAGCUGAAUUGCUCUUGGCUGAUGUAAACACUCAGCUGAAGAACAAGAACAUCACAACUGAUGUGAAGGUCGACACUAAAUCGAAUCUUUUCACCACAGUCACUGUAGAUGAACCUGCACCAGGAUUGAAGACCAUCUUUAGUUUUGUUGUUCCCGAUCAAAAGUCCGGCAAGGUUGAGCUGCAAUACCAGCAUGAAUAUGCUGGCAUAACCACCAGCAUUGGAUUGACUGCAAACCCUCUUGUUAACUUUUCUGGUGUGGUUGGAAACAGUUGUGCUUCUGUUGGGACUGAUCUCUCAUUUGACACAGCCAGUGGAAACCUUACCAAAUUGAAUGCUGGGUUAAAUAUCAACCAUUCUGAUCUCAUUGCUUCAAUGACAUUGAAUGAUAAGGGUGACACUCUUACUGCUUCCUACUACCACAUCGUUAGCCCAUUGACUAACACUGCAGUUGGCGCAGAGAUGACCCAUAGUUUCUCAAGUAACGAGAACACUCUCACGAUUGGUACACAGCAUGCUCUUGACCCAUUAACCACAGUGAAGGCUCGUCUGAACAACUAUGGGAAAGCAAGUGCACUGAUUCAGCAUGAGUGGCGUCCAAAAUCCCUCUUCACUAUAACCGGGGAGGUGGAUGCCAGAGCAAUUGAAAAGAGUGCCAAGGUUGGUCUGGCCUUGGCACUCAAGCCAUAAGGCAAUUACUCGUUGUGUGGAUGAAGGGAAGGCGGUGGUUUUGAUUUAAGAGAAAUAAUGUACUAUUGACGGUUUUGGUAUUGAUGAUUUUGGUUUUCAUGGAUUGUAAAAAUAAUUUAGUGGCCAACUUACUGAAUUUAGCCAUUUGUUUUUGUGGGAUUUCCAAGGGCAUACAUUUUUUGUUGAACAUGUUUCAUGUUGGCAAAUGUUAAUUUUUUGUGAAAUUUGAGUGUUGUUUUC